CAGGCAUCAGUGUGGGAUUGCUCAGGUCUGCUCACUGUCAUCAUAACGUGAUUGCUCAGGCUUGCUAUCAGUCACAUGUCUGUUUUGAAGAUGGCUGAAGAAGCUGAAGAUGUCAACAACAGUUCCGGAGACAGCAGCAAAGAAUCUUAUGAGAUUCUGGAGAGCUGGCAGGAGACCGCCGGGCGGGACGCAGACAAGGACAAAGCCGCGGAGGAGGGUGGCUGGUCGGCUCCGAUCUUGUCGCUUGCCAGGAAAGCCUCGGAGAGUUUGACGAGCGUCAGUGGAAACGCUUUAUGGUCUGCAGCGGCUGUUUCAGUGGGAUUAUCAGGCAAACAGCAACCCGCCACAAGCGAAAACAACGCUCCUAAAAAAGCUGUGAAGGACCACAUGGCUGUGGAGCGCUCCAACCUGUUGAAUAUGAUGCAGCUGAGCGUGAAGGUGCUGAUCCAGUCUGCUGUGAGUCUGGGCCGCUCGCUAGACUCUCACUCCCCCCCGCUGCAGCAGUUCCUUGUGGUCCUGGAGCACUGCCUGAAGCACGCACUCAAAGCAAAGAAGUCGUUCAUUGGACAGAACAAGUCCUUCUGGGCUCCCCUGGAGCUGGUGGAGAAGCUGUGCCCAGAGUCAGCAGACAUUGCAGCCAGCGCUCGGGAUCUACCAGGGCUGAAGACCUGUGUUGGGCGAGCAAGAGCCUGGCUUCACCUGGCCCUGAUGCAGAAGAAAGUGGCCGACUACAUGAAGGCUCUGAUUGAGCGCAAGGACCUGCUCAGUGAGUUCUACGAGCCAGGCGCGCUUAUGCUGGAGGAGGAGGGCGCAGUGGUUGUGGGCCUGCUGGUGGGACUCAACGUCAUUGAUGCAAACCUGUGCUUGAAAGGAGAAGACCUGGAUUCUCAGGUUGGCGUCAUUGACUUCUCGUUGUAUUUCAAGGAUCCCCAAUCCAAUGAAAGCCCCAAAGAUGAUGGGGAAAUGACCGCUAUACUAGACCAGAAGCACUACAUUGAAGAACUGAAUCGCCAUUUAAGCUGCACAGUGACUGAUCUCCAGGCCAAGUUGGACUCUUUGGAGAAGGCUAACGCAAAGCUCAUUGAAGAGAUGGCUGCCGCGACAGACCGGAUUCAGGCUCUGGAGGAGGAGCAGGAGCAGCUAAGAGAGGAGAACUCAUCCAUCAAGCAAAGCAGCGAGCGCAGAGUGGAGGUAACGAAGCAGGACAGCGAGGUGGAGCUGGAGACAUACAGGCAGUCGCGGCAGGGCCUGGACGAGAUGUACAACGAGGUGUGGAAACAGUACAAGGAGGAGAAGAGAAUCCACCAGGAGCUGCAGAAGGAACUGGAGCUGCAGGUGGGGAUGAAGCAGGAGAUGGAGCUGGCCAUGAAGCUGUUGGCGAAGGACACGCAUGACAAGCAGGACACGCUGGUUGCGCUGCGGCAACAACUGGACGAGGUCAAAACAAUCAACCUGCAGAUGUUUAACAAGGCGCAGGUACUGGGGAGCUGUACAGGGCCACUUGAGGCCCCAAACACACCCAUGCAGCGCGGGCUGCAUACGAGCGCAGAGAGCCUGGUCCAGCAGAAGAACGAGAUCAUCACUCAGCUGGAGGAGAAGAUUAAUCAGAUGGGGUCUGCCAUGAAACAAAUGGACGAGAGGAUGCAGAGCUCGGAGCAGGGCAGGAAGGAGGCCAGUGAGAAGGACCAGGACAUGAAGCAGGAGCUGACUGGGAAGGUGGAGGCUCUGCAGAGACAGCUCACAGACCUGGACAAGCACUGCGCAGGGCUGGAGAAUCAGUUGAAAUCAGAGAAGGAGCAGAGACAGGACCUCCAGAGAGAGAUACACAGGGAGAGAGACACCACGACCCAGCUGAGAACACAGCUCCAGCAAGUGGAGGGCCUGGAAAAGGAGCUGUCAGACCUGAAGGAUGAGAAGAAGCAGCUUCAGAAGAUCUGUGAGGAACAGGAGCAGGCUCUGCAAGAAAUGGGUCUCCACCUCAGCCAAUCAAAACUAAAAAUGGAAGAUUGUAAAGAAGUCAACAAAGCUCUGAAGGGCCAAGCCUGGCUGAAGGAUGAUGAAGCAGCUCAGUGUAAACAGUGCCAAAAGGAGUUCUCCAUCGCACGCAGAAAGCAUCACUGCAGGAACUGUGGGGAUAUCUACUGUAACUCGUGUUCAAGUAACGAGCUCUCUCUGCCAUCCUACCCCAAAGCAGUGCGGGUCUGCGACACCUGCCACACGUUCUUACUGCAGAGGAGCUCCUCCAGCAGCUCCUGAAUCCAC